UAAUGUUGUUGCAGAGAUACACUUACACCAACUUUAUGUUAAAUAGCCAGGAGAAGAUAUAGCAAAAACCCAAACCAUAAACCAAUUCACUAAAUCAUUUCGAGUUCAAUCCAAAUUCCAAACCAAACACCGAUUUCAUAAUUCAGUUUGGUUUGGUUUUUAGAUUACGGUUUGGAUCUAAAGAUUACAUAGAACGAAUAAAUAAAUAAGUUUGUGCCAAGCAGUAUAAGUGUAAGGAAAUGGUGAGAGGAAGCAGGGUAAUAGGUCAGAUAAGCAAAACGCUAUCGGAAUUUAUCGUAUGUCCUCUUUCUAAACAACCCUUGAGGAUUUGUGAAAAGUCUAAUUCCCUGAUUAGUGAUACAAUCGGUGUUUCUUUUCCGAUAAUAGACGGGAUUCCAUGUCUUGUGCCAAAGGACGGCCAAAUCAUUGACACAGAUGACACAAAAAGGGAUCAUUAAGCGGGAUUGAGCUCAUAGCAUCAGGGUAGAACCAAACAACUGUACACAAGACUUAAUUAAGGGUUUUCAAUUGUUUGUGAUUUGAAUGUAUGUCUUUUUCCUUCUUAGUUUCAUGUUGUCAACGAAUGAAUGGAUUGCAUUAUCAUUCUGUAUGGCAUUUUGUUUAUAACACAAUGGGGAAAAGAAAGGUUAAUACGGAAAA